AAUUACGUAGUUUCCUGACGGGCUCCCGUCAGCGGCGUGCGUCGGGUCUUGUCGGAUUGGAGGAGACGGAGAUAUAUACUCCAGAAACGGAGCAUAUGGCGGCGCCUUGUCGGAUUCGAAUCGAAUCGAAAUUCUUCAGUUCAAAACCAAACCAGAAACGGAGAUAUAUACUCCAGAUGGAUAUAGAGGAGAGGAGGGGAAAACCAAACGCCAGUGAUUUCUCUGCUAGAUAGAUAGAUCCGAGGGAUUUCAAGAGAUUGACGUUGUGGUCUGCGCCGGCGGUGGCGAGGAAGUCGAGGCUCAGGAGCACUGGCUGCAGGUCGUCCCAGUUGAUCUGCACCGUCCCGCCACGCAUCUUCGAGUCCUCGAUGGAUUCCUCUCAACGAGUUGGUGAUGGUGAUUGCCAACAUGGCGAAACAUUGAGAUACUCAAUCCCAUACCUUCCUGAGGACAUCUGGUGUCAUAUACAUUCCCUAAUGCCAAUGUGUGAUGCUGCUCGUGCUGCUUGCCUUUCUCGCGCCUUUCUACGUUUCUGGAGAUCUCAUCCCAUCCUCACCUUGGAUUGGGAAACCUUGAAUGCACAUUUAGGAAAUUUCAGCGGCAAAAUUGACAGCAUUCUGAGAAACCACUCAGGCAGUGGCUUGAAGAUAUUGGAGCUUGAUUUAGAUGAUGAUGACAGUACUUUUCCUCAUGUCAACAGUUGGCUCCAGGCUGCUGUUACACCAGGGAUUGAAGAGCUCACCCUUACGCUACAUAAAAAGUACAACUUCCCAUGCUCACUUUUAUCUGAUGGGGUUAGAAACUCAAUUAGGUAUCUUCAACUUAACUCUUGUACCUUCCGUCCCACGGCUGGACUUGGCCCCUUGAGAACCCUAACAAGUCUGUGUCUGCACUAUGUGCGUAUUACGGGGGAUGAAUUAGAGUGCCUUCUUUCCAACUCCCUUGCUUUGCGGCAGUUGUUCCUCUAUGAUUGCAAGGAGAUAAUUUUCCUGAAGAUACCUUGCGUGCUGCAGCAGCUCAGCUGCCUGACUGUUACUGAUUGCUGGAGGCUGCAAGUGAUAGAGAUUAAAGCUCCAAAUCUCUCCAGUAUUGACCUUAACAGCGGAGAAAAGAUAAAACUCUCACUUGGAGAAGCAUUGCAAAUGAAGGCCUUGUACAUGCAAAUUGCGAACGCCGUCUGUUAUGCUCGUGCUGAGCUUCCGUCCAUUAUGCCAAAUCUUGAGACUCUUCAAUUAGCUUCGGGUGCUGAGGCGGUUAAUACACCAGUGCUGCCUACCAAAUUCCUCUACCUCAAGCACCUCACCAUUUCUCUUCUAUCAGGAAUGACCUUUUCCCCAUCCUAUGAUUAUCUUUCUCUGGCUUCUUUCUUCGAUGCGUCUCCUUCCUUGGAGACUUUGUUCCUGAAUGUAUCUCGGAUACAUAUGGAGCAUGAAUCAGUUCUUGGAGGUUCCUCACAUUUGAGGCAGCUGCCUGAACACCGCCUUGACUGCCUCAAGAGUGUGGAGAUCGUAGGUUUCAGCUCUGCAAAGAGCUUGGUUGAGCUCACAUGUUGCAUUGUCAAGAACGCAGUCUCACUUGAGUGUCUUAUGUUGGACACCCUCCAUGGUAGCUUUAGGUGUUCCGAGGAAAGUUAUAAAACUUGCAGUUGCAGUCCCAUUAGCAAGACUGCGCUGGAGGAAGCCACUAGAGCGAUCGUAGCUAUAAGAACGUACGUUGAGGAUAAAGUUCCGCCUACCGCCAAGAUGACUGUUCUGGAGCCUUGCAAACGGUGUCAUUCCAGUGGAUGAUCCUAGUACAUCUCUUAAGUUGCAGCCGGUGCUAUGCUGAUGGAGGGUGGCAGAUGUCAUAAGUCAUCUUAGUCGCGCCAUGUAUAGUCAUUUUAAUUUAAUCUUGAUGAACCAUGCUUUGUUUCUUAGAUUA